UCAGUUCGUUCGAAACACUGCUACCAAGCGCUUCUAUCUGUGUUCUAAUUUUAGAAAGGAAGGAAAUUUUUUUAUUUCUUGUCCCGGUUCAACUUUAAUUUUUUUUAGUUUCGUUGUUCGUUUAAUUGUUUUUAUCAAAAUAAUUAACUGAGCGUGUUAGUUGAAUUAGAAACAGUGCAGAGAAAUUUAAUUUAUUUGUAUUUUUUACUAAAUUCUUUUGUCUUUAUAAAAUGCUUAAAUCUGAGCAUAUUGGUACGCUGAUCCGAACAAAAUAUCGUCGUUAUCAAGCAGAAAAAAAUGGAUGCUACUUAUGUUGGAAAAAUUUUCCAAAUGUAGAUUCGCUAAGAGCCCAUCUUUGUUUACACUUGCACAGUGUAGUUGUAAAGAAUUGUAAUGCAUCUUGGAAGUCUUUGGGAAACGACGAUUCUUCACUGAAAUGUGAUAUUGAAUUAAUUGCGUCGAGGCUCAUUUUUCACAUAAAAAACAACACCGCCGAAGAUCUAACGGUACAAUUCAUCGGCGUUUUUAACGAUAUUAUGCAAUUUGGAAAGCUAAAUCCAGGCGCAUUUCCGUUGGUUAUAAAGCAAGGUGAAACGGACCAUCUUACGUCACCCAUAUAUGGUUUGGGUGGUUACAAUCACUUCGUCAUCGUUUAUGAUGAUGUACAGAAGCACUGCGAACGGAUCCAGAACUAUUCCGUAGAGUUAAACAUCGACAACAUGCGCAUGACCGUAGACGAGCAAUUCAAUGAAGAGUAUGUGGAUCCCAAACUAGUCUAUACUGAACCACCACCGGAUUCGCAGGGUGUGGCCGAUCCAUCAAUUGGAAUCAUACAAGCAAAGCGUAUGCCUGAUAUAUUGAAAAUAAUGCCGCUACCAUGGUAUGAACCGACCCCAGAUGUAAAAGAGCUAUGCAUACUCUCGUUCCAAGCACCGUCACCGAGAGUUCAUCCGAUCAUUCCGCACAAUCGAGCAUACAAUUUAAUCAAUGAAUACAGGGGACUAAAUCGCUUCAAUUACUUUGAAAUGCUGUCCUUAAGUGUACAAAUCGAAGAUGUCACAGCCCGGCUCGCAAUAGAAAACAAUGCCAAACACAAUCGAGAGUUGGUCAGACGGGGGAAUGGAGAGUUUGCUGUGAAACUCAGCGUCGAUGAAGGUCGUCCUCUUUUCCUCACAAAAGGCGACAAUGUGUGGGUGAGCCACGAAGACAAGGCUGACGUACGCAUUCGUGGAUAUGUGAAGAAAGUGAUGUCGAAUGAGAUUAUACUGAAGCUACGCAAUGGAGCGCUCGUCGAACCGUCACCACGUUAUUCAAUCCAUUUCGAAGUGAAUCGGUUAACAUUCCAAAUGGAACGCAAAGCAUUGGAUGAGGCGUAUGACUUAAAUGUCGUCGAUUAUCUCUUUCCAUCCGAAGAUCGAAUCGAAAGGAAAGAGCUGAAACUGCCGCAAUUGCAGUUUUUCGAUCCCAAAAUCAAAAGUGACGUCAAUCAAAUAGCAGCAGUAAAGCACAUCGUUGCUGGUACAGCCUAUCCGUAUCCGUACCUGUUAAUUGGCUUCCCAGGAACCGGAAAGACGAAAGUGAUUGUUGAGAGUGUCUGCCAAUUGUUCACCUAUCCGCAAAAUCGAAUUUUAAUUUGCUCCAGCUGUAAUACGGUGUGUGAUGAAAUAUCCAUCAAGUUGAUAUCAUUCCUGAAGAACGCCAGCCAGUAUCAAACUCCAGUGACACAGAAAUACAACAUCUUGCGGCUAUACGCCACAUCCGUACGCCGUUCGUGCAGCGAUAAUCAACUGCAGGAUAAUUCAAAUUUCGAUGACAAAUCAAUUCCAUGCCUGGAUGAAAUCUACAAAUAUCGCAUCGUUGUGUGCACGCUUACCGUUGCUGGCCGUUUGGCACAGGGUCACAUCAGCAAAAAUCAUUUCACCCAUCUGUUCAUCGACGAAUGCGAAAGUGCCACCGAAUCGUACACAUUGGUGCCGAUUGUAGGCAUCUGUAGUUCGUACAAUUCAAUAAAUGCGAAUAUCGUUUUGACCGGCGAUCCACUGCAACUCGGCCCGAUUAUGCGUUCGAACAUAUCGAAAAGGACGGAAUUGAAUCAGUCGAUGUUCUUAAGAUUGUACAAUAGUGAAACGUAUCAGAAGAAUAGCAGGACAAGAGAGUACAACCAACGUUUCAUUUCAAAGCUGAAAAACAAUUAUCGUUCGCAUCCGAUGCUUGUUGCCGUACCGAAUCAACUGUUCUACAACCACGAGAUUCGUAGUUCGGCUAAUCCAGCUCACUAUAAAUGGUACUCCGAAAUGGACUUUUUACCGAAACGAGGAGUUCCGAUUCUUUUUGAACAUAUCGAGGGAUAUCCGGAGAGGAUGGUUGAUUGUGUCAGCUGGUAUAACCAAAUGGAAAUUGAAAGUGUUAUGUAUUACGUCCAGCGACUGCUAGAAAGCCAACCGAGAAGAAUUAAAGAGACUGAUAUCGGAAUCAUAUCGCCUUACAAGAGACAAUGUGUUAAUAUCGCAGAGAAGCUGGAAGCUGAACGACUAACCGGUAUUGAAGUUGGAUCGGUUGAACAAUUUCAAGGAAAAGAGAAGCCCAUCAUCAUUAUAUCAACGGUUCGGAAGGGAAAUAUGGGAUUCGUACUGGAGCGUGAGCGCAUCAACGUGAUGAUUACCAGAGCAAUGGGACUGCUUAUUAUAAUCGGGCACAAGGAAACGCUGAUGAGAAAUGCCGAUUGGAGAAGGGUCAUCGACUAUGCAGCACAAAGUUGUGAGGGGGAAAUGCUAUUAGGCGAGGAUGAAGAAGCCGAUAAUGUGGGAGAUUAUCGCUGUUAGUCAUAACUUUUGUACAGUUUUUUUUUAGUUUUAAGCGAAAUUGUUGUGUUCAUCACUCGUUGACUUACCUUAACAGGAAUCUAUUUAUAACUUUAGUGUAGAAUUUUUACCAAAUUAAUUUAUUAAAGUACCUCGUUGUCGGUGAGCCAAAAUGUAA